AUGCGAAUUCUGAGGUCACGGAGGUUCAGAGCCUCAGUCUCCGACUCCAAUUACCACUUCAAUGUAGGGUUCAGGCGCUUCGUCACCAGCUGUAGAGCCGUGGUGUUGCCGCGCUUUGGUGGGCCUGAGGUUCUGGAGCUCCGGCCCAAUGUCAAAGUCCCUGAUCUCAAGCCCCAUGAGGUCCUCGUUCGCACUCGUGCCGUCUCCAUCAAUCCCCUCGAUACCAGAAUGCGAUCUGGCUAUGGUCGUUCAAUAUUUGAACCCCUUCUACCUCUUAUUUUGGGUCGUGAUGUUAGUGGUGAAGUUGCAGCUGUGGGAGAUUCAGUUCGGGGAUUGAGUGUAGGACAAGAAGUUUUUGGUGCAUUGCAUCCUACUGCUGUAAGGGGUACUUAUGCUGAGUAUGCAAUUCUAUCAGAUGAGGAACUUGCACCAAAACCAGCGUCAGUUACACAUGUGGAAGCAAGUGUCAUUCCCUUUGCUGCUCUGACGGCUUGGCGUGCUCUCAAAAGUACCGCUAGGAUAGCUGAGGGACAAAGGGUGUUAGUGGUGGGUGGUGGAGGAGCUGUAGGUUUGGCUGCAAUUCAGAUUUCAGUAGCCAAAGGCUGCCAUGUUACAACUACCUGCGGAAAGCAAAGUAUAGAUCGAGUAUUGGCAGCUGGUGCUGAGCAGGCUGUUGACUAUACUGCUGAGGACAUUGAAUUUGUAAUAAAGGGGAAGUUUGAUGCUGUUUUGGACACCAUUGGUGGGCUAGAAACCGAAAGAACAAGCAUAAAUUUUUUAAAAAGAGGUGGACACUACAUGACACUUCAGGGUGAGGCAGCAUCUUUGACUGAUAGGUAUGGGAUAGCUUUUGGGCUUCCAGUUGCUACAGCUGUGUUACUAAAGAAACAGAAUCAGUACCGCUGUUCUCAUGGAAUAGAAUACUGGUGGACUUACAUGAGAGCCGACUCAGAAGGGUUAUUUGAGAUCCAAAAGCUGUCCGAAGCCGGAAAAUUGAAUAUACCAGUGGAGAAAACAUUUCCCAUUACUCAAGUGAUAGAGGCUCAUGAGGCAAAGGAGAAGAAGCAGAUCCAUGGCAAAGUAGUGCUCAAAUUUGAUUGA